AUGUCUCAAACGCUCUUGUCUGAGCUCUGGCUAAAUCAUCCACUAGCCGACGCUAUGCAUUUCGCCUAUCAAACCAUUAGCACCCUCGUGGCCUUCGUGCUGUCCAACUCGGUUAUUGCUGCUCCAGUCUCCGAGGUCGCCGCCGGUGCUGUGGCAUGGGCCGACCCUGCAGACUGUCACCGAUUCUUCGAAUGCCCCGUCGGCGGGACGCCCGUUUUGAAGACCUGUGGUCCCGGAACCGCCUUUCAGUCGAGAACUAGCGUCUGUGACUACGAGCACAACGUGGCCAGCUGCUGGCAUCACUAG